AUGGCGCGCCAGCGGCGGCCGAUCGGCGGUGCCCGCGUGGCGGUCCCGUUCGUGGUGGCCGCGCUGCUCGCCGCCGCACUGCCUGGGCUCGUGGCGCAGGACCUGGCGGGGGACCGCGCGGCGCUGCUGGCGCUGCGGGACGCGCUGGACAGUGGCCUCCUCCUCCCAUGGAACACCACGGAGCCGUCGCCGUGCGGAUGGCGCGGCGUCGUGUGCAGCAACCAGACCCUGGCCGCGCCCCAACGCGUCGUCGAGCUGCGGCUGCCCGGGAAGCGGCUGAUCGGAACGAUACCGCUAGGCACGGUCGGGAACCUCACCGCGCUGCAGGCGCUGUCGCUCCGGCACAACGGCAUCAGGGGUGGUAUCCCGGUCGACAUCGGCAACUGCGCCCAGCUGACCGUGGUGAACCUCACCAACAACCAGUUCACCGGCGCCGUGCCGGAGGGCUUCUUCUCGCUUGCGGUGCUCAGGAAGGUUGGCCUCUCACGGAACCACCUCAACGGUGGCGUGUCGCAGGAUUUCAACAGGCUCAAGCAGCUGGACACGUUGUUCCUCGACAGCAACGACUUCGCCAGCGCGCUUCCGCCGGGGUUUUACCUUCCCAGCCUCUCGCGCUUCAACGUGUCGUUCAACGCGCAGCUCACUGGCCCCGUGCCGGCGUCGCUCGCCAGGAUGCCCGCAAGCGCGUUCCAAGGCACGGCACUCUGCGAUCGUCCUCUCCUCCCCACGUGCCCCAACUCCAUGCCCCCGGCGCCUCCGCCGGCUUCUCCGUCUACGGGUGGCGGAAAGUGUUAG